AGAGACUAUUUUUUCUUUCAUUUUCACUUUUUCUUACCAAGGCUCAUGAGAGUGUGUGAGGAGGUUCAGAGCCCAUGGGGCUCUUGGCCUGAAGUUUCUUGAUCAAGAAAAUGGAACCUCUCCCAAGAUGGGGGCCGUCACCCUGGAGCCAGGCCCCUACAGACAACACCUUCAGACUGGUGCCAUGUGUCUUCCUUUUGAACUUGCUGCAGCGCAUCUCUGCCCAGCCCUCGUGCAGACAGGAGGAGUUCCCUGUGGGAGAAGAGUGCUGCCCCAUGUGCAACCCAGGUUACCAUGUGAAGCAGGUCUGCAGUGAGCAUACAGGCACAGUGUGUGCCCCCUGUCCCCCACAGACAUAUACCGCCCAUGCAAAUGGCCUGAGCAAGUGCCUGCCCUGCGGAGUCUGUGAUCCAGACAUGGGCCUGCUGACCUGGCAGGAGUGCUCCAGCUGGAAGGACACUGUGUGCAGAUGCAUCCCAGGCUACUUCUGUGAGAACCAGGAUGGGAGCCACUGUUCCACAUGCUUGCCGCACACCACCUGCCCUCCAGGGCAGAGGGUAGAGAAGAGAGGUACUCACAACCAGGACACUGUAUGUGCUGACUGCCUAACAGGGACCUUCUCACUCGGAGGGACUCAGGAGGAAUGCCUGCCCUGGACCAAGUGCAGUACAUUUCAACAGGAAGUAACACGUGGGACCAGCAGCACAGACACCACCUGCUCCUCCCUGGUCUACUACUACGUUGGGUUCAUCCUUUUGGCACUUAUAGUGGGACCUGGGAUAGCUGGAUUCUGCAUCUACAAGCGAAGACACCUGCACACCAGCCCAGUGGCCAGGGAGCUGGAGCCUUUCCAGCAGGAACAACAGGAGAACACCAUCAGGUUUCCAGUCACCGAGGUUGGGCUUGCUGAGACCGAGGAGGAGACAGCCUCCAACUGCACAAAUUCUGGGUGACAAGACACCGAGGAGACGUUGGUGGGAAGUUUCCAUAUGCUAUUGUGGCAUGGCAGAUGCCCUGGCUGGUUCAUCAUCACACAACAGUGGAUAUGUGGUCAUGGCUCAGGGUCUAGGAGUUGCUUUGCCAUUCUUUUUUUUGUUUUGUUUUGUUUUUUGUUUUUUGUUUUUCGAGACAGGGUUUCUCUGUGUAACCCUGG